GGCUGGAGUGCAGUGGCACAAUUUAUUUUUUAGACAGGGUCUCGCUGUGUUGCCCAGGCUGCUCUUGAACUGUUCGGCUCAAGCGAUCCUCCUGCCUCCACCUCCUGACUAGUAUUUGUUUCUAGAGUUAAAUUAAUGAACACCACAGGUUGUGACUGAACCCCCUGCUAAUUUUUCCACAGUGCCAUAGGGCUAUGACACAGUCACCCACAGGCCCCCACCUCGAUACUCUCUUCCGUAAACGAGGAUCUGGGUCUGGUUUUCUGAUGUUGCCUCAUUUCCUGGGAGGGGAGAGGGUGCGACCAAGCCCUGGCUCCAGCUCUAGCGGGUAUCUGCCCACCAUGGCCCUGGUGCUGAUCCUCCAGCUGCUGACCCUCUGGCCUUUGUGUCACACAGACAUCACUCCGUCUGUCCCCCCAGCUUCAUACCACCCUAAGCCAUGGCUGGGAGCUCAUCCGGCUACAGUUGUGACCCCUGGGGUCAACGUGACCUUGAAGUGCCGGGCACCCCAACCCGCUUGGAGAUUUGGACUUUUCAAGCCUGGAGAGAUCGCUCCCCUUCUCUUCCGGGAUGUGUCCUCCGAGCUGGCAGAAUUCUUUCUGGAGGAGGUGACUCCAGCCCAAGGGGGAAGUUACCGAUGCUGCUACCGAAGGCCAGACUGGGGGCCGGGUGUCUGGUCCCAGCCCAGCGAUGCCCUGGAGCUGCUGGUGACAGAGGAGCUGCCGCGGCCGUCGCUGGUGGCGCUGCCCGGGCCGGUGGUGGCUCCUGGCGCCAACGUGAGCCUGCGCUGCGCGGGCCGCCUGCGGAACAUGAGCUUCGUGCUGUACCGCGAGGGCGUGGCGGCCCCGCUGCAAUACCGCGGCUCCGCGCAGCCCUGGGCCGACUUCACGCUGCUGGGCGCCCGCGCCCCAGGCACCUACAGCUGCUACUAUCACACGCCCUCCGCGCCCUACGUGCUGUCGCAGCGCAGCGAGGUGCUGGUCAUCAGCUGGGAAGGUGAGGGCCCUGAGGCCCGGCCCGCCUCCUCCGCCCCAGGAAUGCAGGCCCCAGGACCUCCGCCCUCAGACCCAGGAGCCCAGGCCCCCAGCCUCUCCUCCUUCAGACCCAGGGGUCUAGUCCUGCAGCCCCUCCUCCCUCAGACCCAGGAUUCCCGGGCCCCAGUACCUCCUCCCUCAGACCCAGGACUCCAGGCCCCCAGCCCCUCCUUCCUGGACCCAGGACUCCAGGCCCCCAGCCCCUCCGGACCCAGGACUCCAGGCCCCCAGCCCCUCCUUCCUGGACCCAGGACUCCAGGCCCCCAGCCCCUCCGGACCCAGGACUCCAGGCCCCCAGCCCCUCCUUCCCGGACCCAGGACUCCAGGCCCCCAGCCCCUCCUUCCUGAUCCACGAGUCCAGGCCCCAGCCCCUUCUUCCUGAUCCACGAGUCCAGGCCCCAGCCCCUCCUUCCUGGACCCAGGACUCCAGGCCCCCAGCCCCUCCUUCCUGGACCCAGGACUCCAGGCCCCCAGCCCCUCCUUCCUGAUCCAGGAGUCCAGGCCCCAGCCCCUUCUUCCUGGACCCAGGAGUUGGAGCCUCCAUCGACUCCCCCUCAACUUUGAGACUGUGGAGUCAGGUCCCUAAGUCCACCACAGGGGCUGGAAACCUGGAGUUCAGGGCCCAGACUUUGGGGUCCAGGAGCUGACGGCCCCUCUCUCCCGGCUCCGCCCGCAGACUCUGGCUCCUCCGACUACACCCAGGGGAACCUAGUCCGCCUGGGGCUGGCCGGGCUGGUCCUCAUCUCCCUGGGCGCGCUGGUCACUUUUGACUGGCGCAGUCAGAACCGCGCUCCUGCUGGUAUCCGCCCCUGAGCCCCAGGAGCACUGCAGCCCGAGACUUCCAACCUGAGUGGCGGAGAAGCUGGGACCCUGGGCUGGACUGUCCUUUCCUGCAGCCCCGCAGUCCUGCUGGCUGAGCCCCGCGGAACGGUCCUUAGACCCCCCCACCGUGCCCCGUGCUGUAGCUUCUUUCCAGGCCUUUCCCAAGGAGUAGCUGAGAGGAAGACGCGAUCAGUGGUUAAGACUUCCAAGCCAGAAGAUAGAGGGUUCGAAUCCCAGCACUGCCGUCUACUCACUGUAGUAGUAGCAGCUACAGAAAGGUAGUAGUGAGAUGUGAAGCCAGCUGGACUUCCUGGGUUGAAUGGGGACCUGGAGAACUUUUCUGUCUUACAAGAGGAUUGUAAAAUGGGCCAAUCAGCACUCUGUAAAAUGGACCAAUCAGCACUCUGUAAGAUGGACCAAUCAGCGCUCUGUAAAAUGGACCAAUCAGCAGGACAUGGGCGGGGACAAUAAGGGAAUAAAAGCUGGCCAGCCUGUACCACACCAGAGUCCGCUUCCACGCUGUGGGAGCUUUGUUCUCUUGCUCUACACAAUAAAUCUUGCUGCUGCUAA